GACGGUUUAUGCGCAUGCGCUCAGUUUGGAAACUAUAGGAACCACAAGGAACCACAAGGAACCACAAGGAACCCAGCGUCCUGAGAGCGCAGUGUUCUAGAGGGGUAGUAAGGUCAAUGCUGGUCUCCAUGACGACACAGUCCGAAGGUCACCUGUUCAGACUGAAGCAGGAACAGGUGAGCUGGGUCACAUGACUGUCUGUCUGGCACCAACUGGAACCUGAUAGGCCGGAGCUGCACAGUGAUGUCAUCUGAUAGGCUGCAACCCGGUGACCAGGUGUAACACAGAGGAGGGUAGAAGAAGAAACAGAUACAAGACAGACGAGAGGAAGAGGAGAAGGAGAAAACAAGUCAAAGAGGAGGAGAAGGAGAAAACAAGUCAAAGAGGAGGAGAAGUAGAAAACAAGUCAAAGAGGAGGAGAAAAAAGUAAAGUAAAAGAGUAAAAAGAUGAAGGAGGAUUGGAGGAGUAAGAAGAUGAGUUUUGAGGAGUUUCAAGGAGUUUAGAGGUUUCGAGGAGUUUCAAAAGGUUUGAGGAGCUUCAUGGAGAUGGACCAGAGCAUCAUCCGGCUCACUCACUGUGAGAAGGAGAUCUUCUGUUUCUCAGUGCCGGAUGAGUGUCCGAGCUGUGGGGAGGAGCUGAAGGGGAGCAGGCUGCAGGAGGCGCCGGUCAGCCUCCCAUCACCCCUCACCAAUGGCCACAAGAGCUCCUGCUGCCUGCUGGUCGCACCUGCACAUGACAACUUCAACAGAGACUUUGAUGGGACUUCAGAUUUGCACUGGGAUCUCCAACACUACAGGAGGACUCUGUUUCUGCUACACUACACUCGUGGGCGGGUCCGUCAGGAUCACAGUGGGUGGGAGCGCUGUGUCAGUGUCCCUCUGGUCCGACCCGACAUGUUCCACCUGCUGGCUCAGUGGGACCAGUACCUGGACCGCUUCUCUGACGGACCCAUGUGGGACCCAGCUUGGCACAGGUUCCAUGACGACGACCAUAACUGCUUCACGUUCUGUCUUUUGUUCAUCAACGGUGUCCUGGCGGCUGAGGGGCGGAGCUCUCUGAGCAGAGACGCCUUCACGUCCACCUUCAUCCUGCCGAGGAUGAGGAGAGUGUCCAAGUACAGCACGCUGUACAGACACAUCCAGAGAGACAAGUACUACAUGGUGGACAGACAGGAGGACAGAGAGGAGGACUGACAGGACAGACAGGAGGACAGAGAGGAGGACUGACAGGACAGACAGGACAGAGAGGAGGACAGAGAGGAGG